AAAAUUUGUAUCCAGGCUGCUUUGCAGGGGUUUCCUGUUUCUAAAUUUAUCUAUUACUUAAAUGUUAAAAAUAUAUAUAAUAUUGAUAUCAGGGUGCAAACUAAAGUGCAAAUUUUUCUUGGAUUAAAAAUACCUAACAUCAGUUUUUUUUUUGUGUGGUUGUUUGUAGUGACAAUAAUCCAGAAUAUCCAACCAAUCGAUUUAUUUGGAAAUAGUGUGUCAUAGCAUAUUGCGGUUAAAUUUGCAUACUACAAACAAUUAUUUCUGCAUUAAUCAAGGUUUAAGAUUGUAAAUUUUAGCAGCUGGAUGAUUGAAUUGAAAUCCUGAACAAUGGAAAAGGAUUAGGGACAUGCGACAGAAUGUCUGGAAGGAAUUUAAGCCCAGAAGUGUGAAAAAUAUGGAAAUGUUGAGUGGUUUGAAAGCUUGAAAGUGAGGACCAAAAGAUAAUAUAAGCCACCAAAUUCAACAUGGACUCGUUAGUUGGAGGAAUAGACAUGUCCAUAUCCAAAUACGCUGGAAUCGAAUGCAUAGAAUACGUAAAUCUCACAUGGAGAAGAAUCGAAACGUCCCUAAUUCUAGUAGCUUGCCUUUAUUUGUUUUGUUGGAGCUAUCCAAAAUGCACCCUUCCAUCAAAAAUAACUUACAACGAAAAAGACCGAACUGGUAGAAGAGUUUUACUUAUACUUAUUUGUCUUUGUUGGGGCAUGGAAAUUGGAUUCAAAUGCGCUUCUAGAACUUUGAUUUACUUACUUAAUCCUUGCCAUAUAACUACUGCAAUGCAAAUUUACUUAUUAGCAGCCAAACCUAGUAAAGCCGUUACAACAGUGUUUAGGAUUCAUUUGAAUUACUUAAACGGACCUUUGCUGGCAAUUGUAUUUUAUGAAACAGAAACUAGAUUGCUUCCUUUUGAAGCCACAGUGUACUGGAUUCAACAUUUGAUGAUGUUUGUGGUGCCUUAUUAUCUUCUACGGAUAGGAGGUGUCUACAAUGUAGAAAACAUAAAAGACAUGCACUGGACUGCAAUGGCCUACAGUUUUCUGGUUGCUUACCAUUUCACCAUCUUGCAAGGGGUUUCUAUUCUUACGAACAUCAAUAUGAACCAUAUCAUGUGUCCGCUUGAGUCAGAUCCGUUUAAAGGACAGUUUUUCCGCACUGCGGUAUUUUUUCAUCAAGCCUUUCUUUGUACUUUUGUAUGCAAAAGUUAUCUUUUUGUUGCAGAGUAUUUUUUAAUUAAAUGUAAAUAUACUAGAGUUAAGAGUAAAUUGGAUUGUGAUAUAGAUCGCCGAACAUACUAAUGUUUGGUGUAUAGAUUUUUAUUGGAGUUUUGAAUAUUAGAUUGCUUGAUAAUAAUUAGAAUAGUAAAAGAAAUUUUCAUAAUUAAUUAGUGAUAAUUUAAAGUUUCUAGACAAAAAUUUACCUAUUCAAUUUCAAAAAAAUCUCUUCCUACUCUUAUGGUUUUUUUUUGUAAUAAAAUAGUUUUAACAAGUAAGUUUUUUUUCCAAUAAAUCACACUGAGACAGUUUUUGCCUUACAGCUUCUUCAAUUUUCAACCGAUUUCAACGCAAUUAGGCUAUAAUUAAAGCCAAUUAGAUUCUCUACAAACCUAUAUCAGGGAGAUUUUGAUUUGGUCUUAACAGUUCUGCACCGAGGAGCUUCAAAAUUGAUAUUAUUGAACAUUGAAAAUUUUCC